ACAGUUCAGUUUGUACAGGGAAUAUUUGUAGAGAAAUAUGAUCCUACUAUAGAGGACAGUUAUAGAAAGCAAGUAGAAGUAGAUGGCUGUCAAUGCAUGUUAGAAAUAUUAGAUACAGCUGGAACUGAACAAUUUACUGCUAUGAGAGAUCUGUAUAUGAAAAAUGGUCAAGGAUUUUUAUUGGUUUAUUCUAUUACUGCUCAAUCAACUUGGAACGAUCUCCAGGAUCUUCGAGAACAAAUUCUCAGAGUUAAGGACACAGAUGACGUAAGUUGA